AUGGGAAAAUACAAUUAAUAGAAUGCAAUUCUUCCCAUAAUUCAAUACACUAAUAGUGAGAUAAGAACAUGGAGAGAAGUGUACUUGUCUUAUUAGAAGAUCAUUGAGAAUCAUGCUUGCGAUUAAGUAAAAGAGGCAUUCUACUUAAUAAAUAAGCAGAUAAAGUUUAAUUCAAAAAAUAUACCUCAACUGUUUGAGGUAUCUGAUAAAAUUCAUCAAUUAAAUAGUUGGAGAAUAAGGCCUGUUCCAGGCUUAAUUUCUGACAAAGAUUAUCUUGAAGGAUUAGCUAAUAAAGUCUAUUGCUCUACUUAAAUCAUAAGAAGAGAACAAGACUUGACAUUUUCUCCUUACCCAGACUAUAUUCAUGAUUUAUUAGGUCAUAUCAUUCCCAUUGCAAACAAUGAAAUUUCUCAGAAACUUAAUUUACUAGGAAGAUUGUCAAUCUCUGCUACCCCUGAAUAAGUUGAGUAAAUUGCUUUCAUAUAUUGGAAGGUAUUCGAGAUGGGAUUUAUCAAGACUUAGAGUAACUAGUAUAAAGCUUUAGGUGGUGCUGUCUUAUCUUCUCAAUAAGAACUGAUGAAUGUUAGCAACAAGAAUGUCAAAAUUUCACAUAUAAGGGAAUUCAAAAUUAUAAAGAAGUAUGUUGAAGAUGAAGACCUGUAGAAUGAGUACUAUUACAUUGAUACACUAGAUGACAUUGAUGAAAUUGUUGAAAAUUUGAAAUAAAAAUGGCAUUAAAAUAAGACAGCCUAUAAUCCCUAAAGUCCAAUUAGAAAUCCAAGGAUUUAGGCAUUUGAAGAAGAUAAGUGA